CCCUCCUGACUCCCUCGCAUCGCAACUCACAAUUCAAACCCCCAAACUUUCUCAGUCGACCCACCAUCAAAACGCACCGUUUCACCAUGCCUUCCUCCGAUUCCUUCUUUUCCGUAAUUUCGCAAUGCACAAUUUACCUCCACCAGAAAUCCACAAUCAAAUCCCUGAAGCUCUCCGUCUCUGAUCUUCCUAUGCUCUCCUGCCACUACAUCCAGAAGGGCGUCCUCCUCGAAUCCCCGUCCUGCUCCUUCGCCGACCUCCUCCCCUCCCUCAAACACUCCCUCUCCCUCGCCCUCUCCCACUUCCCCGCUCUCGCCGGCCGCUUCGAGACCGACGACGACGGCCGCGUCCACAUAGUCUGCAACGACGCCGGCGUCAAUUUCGUCCAUGCCAAAGCCAAGACCCUCUCCGUCGACGCCAUCUUGCGGCCCAACGCCGACGUUCCUCAUUGCUUCAGGAAGUUCUUCGCCUACGAAAGGACUUUGAGCUACACCGGCCAUUUCAGGCCUCUGGCCGCCGUACAGGUCACCGAGCUCGCCGACGCCGUCUUCAUCGGAUGUACGGUCAACCACUCCGUCGUCGACGGCACCUCCUUCUGGCACUUCUUCAACACCUUCGCCGAGAUUAACAGAGGCGCCAAGAAAAUGUCAAAAUCUCCUGAUUUUUCCCGUGACACCGUCUUCAAUUCGCCGGCGGUGCUCCACUUCCCCGAAGGCGGCCCUAAGGUAACCUUUUCCGGCAACGACCCGCUGAGAGAACGAAUCUUCCAUUUCAGCAGAGAAUCGAUUCUCAAACUGAAAAACAGAGCCAAUAACACUCUGUUUAAAACAACACAUAACUGUAACGGUAAUGGUAACGAUCACGGUAACUGUAACGGUAAUGGUAACGAUCACGGUAACGGCCUUUCUGAAUCGGCCGAGAUUUUCGGGAAGCAGUGCAAUGACAGCUGGAAAGCCGUUCCUCCAUAUAACGGCGCGAAAACGUCGGAGUUUUCGUCAUUUCAAUCUUUGAGCGCGCAGCUCUGGCGUUCCGUGACACGCGUCAGGAAUCUGCCCCAUUCCAAAACGACGACGUUCCGUAUGGCUGUGAACUGCCGCCACCGCCUCCAGCCGAAGAUGGACUCGCACUACUUCGGGAACGCGAUACAGAGCAUCCCGACCGUCGCUACCGCCGGCGAUCUGCUUUCGCGAGAUCUGCGCUGGGGAGCCGAGCUCCUUCACAAGAAUGUGGUGGCGCACGACGACGCCACCGUUCGCCGCGGCGUGGAGGAUUGGGAGAGCGCGCCGAGGCUCUUCCCGCUGGGGAACUUCGACGGCGCGAUGAUCACUAUGGGCAGCUCGCCGCGAUUCCCGAUGUACAACAACGAUUUCGGGUGGGGCAAACCUCUCGCCGUGCGGAGUGGCGCGGCCAACAAAUUCGACGGCAAGAUAUCGGCGUUUCCUGGGAGGGAAGGCAACGGGAGCGUUGAUUUGGAGGUGGUUCUGGCUCCCGAGACGAUGGCGGGGCUGCUAUCCGAUGGAGAGUUCAUGCAAUACGUAUCGGCUGUAGAAUGAGCCGGGUUGUAGCCGAUCAAGCAGUGACAGUGGGUGGGAGCCGCCGUUAAUGUUCAAAACACCGUUAACCCGUUAUGGUGGGUGGGCCGUGGAAUUAGGAGUGGUUUUUUAGCGUAUUUAAAGCGUCGCUGAGUAUAAUAUGUGUUUUAAGCGCACUGAAAUUUUUAUGGAAAAUUAGGACAUGUCAAAACUUAGUCAAUCGCUGUACGAGAUUGAUUUGGACGGUUGUGAUGAGACGUCAAACAGCGACGUUUUGGCUACUAGCGUGUGUUGGGUUGUUGGUACUUGGUACUUGGUACUUGCCACUUGGUAGGGGAUUAGGAUAUUAUGUUAUGUAUAUUAUAUAUUUUAUCUGCUUCAUAAAUAUGCACGUGACGAUAUUGCCCAACUUAAUCUAAUAAUAAUCCUUUCCAUUCUAUCGUUUA